AUGCAUCCCGCCUGUCCCUCCCAACCCCGACCCCCACCCUGCCUGAUCUCUAGUGUGCAUCUGCCACUGCUGGACCGGAGCAUCCCGGACUUCUCCAGCUUCAGCACGGUGGACGAGUGGCUGGACGCCAUCAAGAUGGGCCAAUACAAGGACAACUUUGCCAACUCUGACUUCACCACUUUCGACGUGGUUUCCCAGAUGACGAUGGACGACAUCCUGCGGGUGGGCGUGACGUUAGCGGGCCAUCAGAAAAAGAUACUCAACAGCGUCCAGAUGAUGCGGGCCCAAAUGAACCAGAUCCAGUCAGUGGAGGUCUGACCUUCGCCCGAGCAGAGCAAGGGACUCCUGGGGAAGCCCCCCACCCCCCACCCCGCCGAGGAUGGAGUGUCGGUGUGACCCCCCUCCCACCGCCACCAUCUUCCUCCACACUUUCCCCUCCCUCCCGCCUUCCCCCAACUCUCCGUUACUCCCACCUUCACCAUCCAUCCACAGUUCUGGAAAUCAGAACCGCGGGACCUCCAAAGCGAGUGACCCGGCAACACUUCUUUCUCUUCUUCUUCCACCGCUUUACAUCGAUUGCUUUCGGUUUGUUGUCAUCGUUUUGUAAAGAAUUUUGUAAGGAAAAAAAAAAAAAAAAAAGAUGAACCAGGAAAAGGAGUUUUAUCGACAUUUAAAGACGUUCUAAGGUUGUACGCUAGAAGAGUUCGGAGAGCUACCCUUUAAAAGGGCAACAAAACAAACAAACGAAAAAAAAAAAGAAACCAACGAUCCUGUCAACGGGCCGAGGACGUAGGAACCAUCAAAUGGACCUUUUUUUUUUUCCCCACAAACUGACUUCAGGAAAAUCUCAAGAAAAAAAAAAAAAUCAAUUUUUUUUUCAGUAUGGUGUGAAAUGAUGUGUUGAAGAUUCCCAGCAUAGACAUUAUUUUUACCUCGCGCUUAAGUGGAUUUAUCGAGGACCACUUGACCCCCCCCCACCCCCCAAGUCCCGUCUACCCCUCCUUCCCGGGUCGCAAGGCAUGAUGGGUAAGCUGGCGCAACGUGCGGCGGCGGCCAUCUAUGCUUCGUCCAUCCUCUUUCUUCUUCCACUCGCUACGAUCGACUUUGCAACCGGGUGGACGCAACGUGUUCUAUUUCUACGAUUUGCAAUUUGUGUAUGCAUAUUAUUGAAUUGUUCAGAUUUUAUUUUGAGGUUUUGUUCUGCAAAGAGUUGCCAGACGAAAAAGAAAAAGAAACAAAAAAGACGCUUGGGAUCCAUUGGUGCUUUGAGUUUGAUUAGGAAAAGCUGCACAAUCAUGUAGAUAAACAACCUCCCGUCAAUCCCCCCGGAGAAAAUAUUCUUUGCUUCUAUCUUUUGAGCUGUCAAUUUUUUUUUUUUUUUGUCAGCGUCGUCGUCGUUAGCGUCCGGAAGCGCUGCCGCCUGCCUCUUCCCGGGUCAGCAGUGUCCGGAAUGAAGAUCCAGCCGGGAUCAAACUCUCACAUGCAGUCUGGUUCUUCCCCCACCGGCCUUCUUCCACACCUCACUGAACCC